CUCUUGGAGAGCUUUGGGGGGGGGUGCGUGCUGUCAGAGCAGUGUGGGAGAGGGGUGCCCUGUUGCAGGAGAGUUCCGCUCUUCUACCAGCAGCCUAGCAGGGGAGAGCAGCAUGAGAGGAAGAGACAGCUGAAGUCAUACGUAAUGGAGAUGCAAGUAACAUAGCCUGUGGGGGCAAUGAGGCGCUGAAGAGGAAGCUGCAAAUACUAAUGAGUUUCUAAAUUAGAGUUAGUGGUAGCUGUCUUGCUGUUAACUGUUGGGAGCAGGGAGUGUGCCUUGAAACGCCAGCUGGACCCAACACAAUAAGCCUUUAAUCCAGUGUGGACCUUAUGAGGUGUGGCUGUCAUGCAAGGACUAAUGCUUCUCUUGCCCUCCCAUGUGGCUUUUUGUUCCUACCCUUUUCUCACCUAGAACUGGAAUUCCACUGCUCGAAUGGUAUUUUAGCUGAUAAAAAGAUGUAUUUAACAGGCCAUGUCCCUGGAACAGUCUCAGCAGUGGGUGCCACAGCACCUUUGUCUACAGAGGUAUUUGGCAAACACAACAUAGUGUUUAACAGUUUUAAUGCUGGGUUUAGUGUGGUUAACUUGCUACCCUCCUGCCAUGCCCUCGUUUUGGGGAGGAAAGAGAGAAUGUCUGUACACAAAGCACCUGGAGCAGAGAGCUGUGCCUGGCCUUAAUAUCUUGCCAGGAGGCCACAGGGCUGGUUCUCAUGUGCGUGGUAAUCUGCAUGUCUAAUCAAAAUGAAAUGCAAACAGAACUUUCCUGCUGGCUUGAACUUGCCUCUUUCUUGCUACCUUUUUGGCGAGAACACCUUUUUUCAGCUGCAAGAGUGACGACAGGGCUGCUGUGCUGUGCCGUCUGCCCGUGGGCCAGGCGUUAAUCACAUCUAGUUUGGAGUGGGCCAGGAUGCGAUGGAGGAGACGAGGAAGACACAGCAAAGCGUGUGCUGUACAUCUCCCCUUGCUGUAGCCUGCCAGGAGACGCUCACUUGGCUCUCCCUCCUGGCGAUGGGAUUGCGCUGGGGUGCAUCACUGCUGACACUAAACCUCAACCGAGUCGUAUUUACAACACCUUUCUAGCUACUGCUAUGAAAGCAAUGUCUGAACAGGCAGUGUGGCCAUCUCAUAGAAGCUGGGCAGACCCAGAGCUGGAUUUUUGCUCAGGCCCUGCCAGUGUUGGGUUAUGACAGUGACCAGGUUGCACACCUCCCUUUCUGGUCUGUGCUGAAUGAACUCACGUACCUACUAAUGCAUCAAGUGCUCACAUAGUGCUGGAGGAUCCAAAACUUUGCAGAUGUUCUCUUGGCCACCUUAAAACUGGAAGCGAGCAAUAGCAUGCUUCCUUGGGGGGAAACUGAGGCAUGCAGGCUCCCUUUUCCUGUUGAGUCUUACCAUGGGUAGGCGCCUGGGUUUUCCAACUACGCUUUGUGCUCCAGCUAGUAAGAAGUACGGCCUUAGAGACAGCGUAGUGGGUUUUUUCUACAGUGUUCAUGCAGAAGCAAUGUGGGCAUGCCGAGUAUUUCACUCGCUUGUGUAGCAGCCCCCUCGACUUCGACUGGAAUGUCUAAUCAAUGACUUCAAGCAGCCACUUAAGGACUGCAAUAAAAUCUCUGCUUCUAGAGAAGCAAUCUCUUGGUGAUAAGCGUGAAUACGGCGCUCUGCAGCGGAGCGGAGGAGUGAGUAGGAGAGCAGAUUGGGCAGUCAAGCUGCCAGCCCUUUCUACUGAAGUGGCGUUUCUGUUGCUGCUUGUUUUCAACAGUUGACCUGGAGCAGCAAAACUGCCCGUGCUGAGGCUGAGCAGCCGCGUGGCCUUGGCAGGGAAGAGCUGCUGCGAGAGUGGGAACUCGCUGGGCACAUGCGAAGUGAUGGGACUCUGGUUUCCACCAACCAGCGUUCCCUGUGCUGCCGCUGUUGAGAAGACCUGCCGUCCCCGGCAGCCCCGUGUGCGGCGCACCUCUUCGUUAGACACCAUCGUGGGCUCGUACCUGUUGGGACAGUGGCCAAGGGAUGCUGAAGGAACCUCCACUUCAUGCAUGAAUGACAAAGCUACCCAGCCGUGUUUCUCAUCACUUCAGACUCCAGUGUCCUGGCAUGACGCGGAAGUGGGGAAAGCCAGCUCCAGUGCUCACAAGCGUUCUGCUUCUUGGGGUAGCACAGAUCACCGCAGAGAGAUUGCCAAACUGAAGCAACAGCUCCAGCGAACAAAGCUAAAUGGCAGAAGUGGCAAAGAAAAGGAGAAGAGCUCCCCGCUCCAGGGCGACCAUGCUGUCCUUGGAUCGCUCAGGGACUUUCCUUCAGGCUUCCUUUCUCCAUCUCCCAUUUUGAGGCUCAGUCCUUGCUUGCAUAGGAGCCUGGAAGGGCUAAACCAGGAACUGGAGGAAGCGUUUGUGAAGGAACAGGGAGAUGAAGAGCUUUUGCGGAUAUUGGAUGUCCCAGAUGGCCACAGGGCCCCAGCGCCUGCCCAGAGAGGCUCUGGAGAUGCCUCCCUGACUCUGGAGCCCGGCAGUGGCAGCUGUAGCAGCCUCUCUCUUUCUCCUUCCCCUUCGGUGCCUCAGCACCUUUCUCCACACACCCUGGUGAGGCUGGGAGCAGAGGAGCCCUCCUCUGCGGCAGACGAGGUGCAGCCAGAUCCAAAGGAGAAAGAGGAGGGCAGCCCUUCACCAGUCCUGGCCUUUGCUUCUUCUCCUCGACCCAACCACAGCUACAUGUUUAAACGGGAACCUCCUGAGGGAUGCGAGAAGGUCCGGGCCUUUGAAGAAGCUUCCUCCCCCAGCCCUGAUCAGCCCUUUCGGCCUUCCUGCCCAGAUAAGAACAAAGUGCACUUCAACCCCACCGGUUCUGCCUUCUGCCCCGUCAGCCUGGUGAAGCCUCUCUUCCCAAACGUGGGCUUCCUCUUCCGGGGUUUUCCGGCUUCUUCCAGCCCUGCCACGGGCACGUUUACAUCCUGCCAGCCCCCAGCCCCGGCGCCGUUCCUCGCGGGGCGGAAGGACGCUGCAGUAGAUAGCUUCAGCGAGGUGCCCAAGUCCCCUUCACUGAAUUACGAACACUGGAAGCGCGGCCAGCCAGAGGAGAGCGUCGUCUUCCACAGUUCUCUCGUGGUGUGAAGCCUUUGGGAAAGCUAGCCAGCAACAGCAGCUCUGGCUCCUCAGCGCGUCUCUGCCAGCCUGUGGAGCCUAGUGCCUUGAAGUUGGGAUGUGACAGCCAAGAGGCAGCUCUGGAAUUGAGAACCACAGCAGUCUUCUUCCAAGGAUGAUAGAAACUGUGAAAUAAGUGUGCCACGGGACUCCUUGCUGCUGGAGAGGCUUGUUUCUCUGAGCCUCCCCUGUUCAAAGCACUUUCCUGUGUUGAAUUGUCUUUGUUUCCUGUGUGAUUGUUUUGCUGGUGAAGAGCAGCCGGGCGCUGCUGCGGGGAGCAGAGGGCAAACUGGGGCUCCGUGGCUCUGGCCACCAGGUUGAGCUGGGAAGAAUUCAGGGUUAGGGCGUCCUUGGCACCCCGCAGCCCUGGGGCUGCCGGGGCUUGCUGAUCCCUGGGGAGUGGGAAGGGGAGGAGAAGGGGCCUGUAGGGCGGCUGCCCCGGGAUAUAUUGGAGCAGAAAAUGUCGUGUGGCUGCACUAUAAAGACAAAUCAACUCCCUCAGAGCCUGGAGAGCAGCAGAGCCCUGCCCCUGCCUCCCCUGGGCAGCCCUGGAACUUGAGCGUGGAGCUGUGAGAACGCUCUGCUAAAGGGGGGAGGAUGGAGGUGACUAAAUGCAGCCGUCGGGCAGGUCUGUGCUCUGGAAAAGCUCCCGUGGCCGUGGGUGAAGGCGUGAGCUGCCUCCCUGAGCUGGGGGGGGAGCCUCGGCCACGGGGAGGGAAACCCAGCAGCGCAGAAAGGUCCCUACUCAGUGGCGGGGGGGUGGGGUUUGCUGCUGUAAUUACCCCCUGCAGCUUGGCUGGGGGUGGAUUUGGGGGGUGAGGGGUGCGUGGGGGCCGGGACCCCGCUGAGGGGGUUCCGUCCCCCCAGGGCUGCCCUCAACGGUGAAGCAAAAACACGGGAACAUGGAUUGUAAAGCCUCUUGACAACAAAAGUAUUUUGAGCUUUGUGUUCUGUUGCAAAGGCUCUGGAUUGUAUUGAAGAAGCCUGUUUUCUUGUAUCUGAUGUAGAAACUCUAUUUUCUUCCAAAGACACUAUUUUUGCAGCUGUU